UAGAGGGUGAGAUUGAAUGUCCAACCGGGUUCAUUGUUUUUGUUGCAUUUCUUUUUUGGUGCUGUCGACCUUUGUUCGGGGCCGCGUUCUCCAGAAUUUUCAUCUCUAAUAAAAUUCCUAAAAUUGCAGAAAAAUGCCUUUGGAGAGUGAUGUGGACAUUUUCAACGAGACCAAUGGAAUUUGGUCGUACGUGAAGCAUUUCGGGUGUGUUUCGGAGAGUGGAAAACUCAAAGCUAUGGUGUUUGUUAUUCCUGGAAAUCCAGGACAAAAUGAGUUUUACUCUGAAUUUGGCUUUCGGAUCUAUGAUAGGCUCAAAUACAGGUUCCCUGUGUAUGUUAUGGGACAUCUUGGGCAUGUGGAUUACCCUCGGAAUUGUGAUAGAUAUAAAAUUCCAAAGCAUAGUAAUUGUUUGUGCACCCGGAAACUUAUUCCUCUGAAAGGGAAUGAGUAUUUGUACGAUCUUAAUGCCCAAGUGAAGCAUAAGAUUCAAUUGAUCAAUAAAUAUUUGGAAGAAGGCUUUCAGCUCAUUCUUGUGGGCCACUCAAUUGGAUGCUGGAUGAUCCUUGAGUUGCUGAAGAAUCCGGAAAUAAGGAAGAAAACCCUGAAGUGCUACAUGCUCUUUCCGACCAUUGAGAGAAUGGCGGAGAGUCCAAAUGGGAAAAAGUUCUGCAGAUUCACUCUUCCCUGUUACCCAAUCCUCAGACUCCUGGUCAAACUCUUCAACUGGUCAUCGAAAAAGACUCAAGACUCUCUCUUGGACACGUACAUGGUGUGGUUUAUGGACCAUCUCUGUGAGAUAGGACGCAUCAACAUGGGCAGGCAAAUCAAAGCAUUCUUAAACCCGGAGACACUUGAUCGCAACAUUGAGCUGGCUCGCGAAGAAAUGGCUCGUGUCAGAGACUUGGACAUCAAUCUAAUUGAGAAGAACAAGGACAUUCUCAAAUUCUUCUAUGGCGCAUCAGAUGGAUGGGCUCCUGCUAAAUAUUACGAAGAAUUGUGUCAAAGAAUUCCCGGAAUCGACGCCGAAGUCGACAACACGGGCAUUGAUCAUGCUUUUGUGAUCAAAUCAUCCAACGAAAUGGGCGAUAUCGUGGCUGAUUGGAUUGCAAAAUUAGAACAAAAGUAAUUUUUACCUUUUUCACAAACAUUCCGCUGUUGAGGCUAUAGUUUUAUUUGAAGAAUUUUGUAGAAAAAAUAUGAUCGCUGAUUUUAUUUGAAAAAUUCAAAAAUGAGUACUAAAAUACUCAUCAAUUUUAGUACAGAAGUGAGGUUAUAAGAUCACCCGGCUGCAAAACUAUACCUUACUUGAUAACAUCGCUUAUGAAUAUGUGUUUGAUGUAUUUCCAUCACUGGAUCAUUAAAAAAAAAGAAUCCGCCAAAUUAUAAUGUCAAAAUUCAUAUUAUACAGUCUCUUAUAUUCAUUUAGUUAAUAGUCGCAGUCAGCAAUUUGAGGUUAUGCUGAACAUAACCUGCAAAAAAUAAUUCAGUUUGAAUGAAACUACCUACAAACAUUUUCUUUUUCAAUUAAUAUACAUAUACUUUUAUAUAUUGUGUGCAUUUAAAUAAAGGACAAAUAAAACGAUUUUAAAUACAAUUCAU